AUGGGUCGCGCAUCCAAGGAUAAGCGCGAUAUAUACUACCGCAGGGCCAAGGAGGAGGGCUACCGUGCUCGCAGCGCGUACAAGCUGCUCCAGAUCAAUGAGGAGUUCAACAUCCUGAGCCCGGCCGAGAUCCGCACCGGGGCGGUGGACCUGUGUGCCGCGCCUGGCAGCUGGUCGCAGGUGCUUGCCCAGCACUUUAAGAUGAUCGGCGCGAAUGCCGCGGCGGCGGCGGCAGAGGGGGACUCUCUGCUGGCGCAGACGCCGCGCGUGGUGGCGGUGGACCUGCAAGAGAUGGCCCCCAUCGACGGGGUCACACUCCUUCAGGGGGACAUAACGAGCGAGGUGACCGCGCGCGAGAUUAUUCGGCUGCUGAACGCGCCGACGUCGACGGGGGUGACGCGCACCGAUGACGAGCCGCAGCCUGCCAGCAGCUAUUUCUCUUCCUCUGCCCCUUCUCCCGCGCUCGGUGCGUCACUGCGGAAGGCGGACAUUGUCCUCUGCGACGGCGCCCCCGAUGUGACGGGUAUGCAUGAGCUGGACGAGUACCUGCAGCACCACCUACUGCUGGCGGCGCUGCACAUCACCACGUUCGUGCUACGGGCCGGUGGCUGCUUCCUGACGAAGAUGUUCCGCGGCCCCAACACCGCCUUCCUCGUCGCGAAAAGCGAGCUCUUCUUUCAACAGGUGCGCGUCGUGAAGCCCAAGUCCUCACGCAACGCGUCCAUGGAGAGCUUUCUUCUCUGCCAGGGCUUUCGCAUGCCGCUCGGGUACGUGCCUCGCUUCGUUGGCGCUGCCGCGCCCUCCUCUGCCGCUACCGGCUGCUCGAGGGGUGCGGCAUCGACGAGCGCCGGCUGCGGCUCACGCGUAGAAGCUGAUAAUGCGAAGGGCACGGAGGAAGAGCGGAGCGAGAUGGCCACCGUGAGCGGCGGCCCACUCCGCGCCAGCGGCUUCACGCCGGAGGCACCGUCGUACUGCUACGACACGACUGCGCCCUUCUCACACGCGUCGGAUGGUGACGCCGCCGCAGCGGCAACAGGGCAAGAUGUCGCGGGCCACGACCAAAACACGUCUUGCACGCUCGCGGACCGGGUCCUCGCCCCGUUCCUCUCCUGCGGCGACCUUUCUGGCUUUGACGCGGACAUGUGCUACGACAGGGAUGAGGAGGCCGACGUGCUGGAGCCGGUGCAGCCGCCGCUGCAAGCACCGUACUUGGCCGCUGCCGCUGCUUUGCCGUCACGGCUGGCAGGGGUCGCCGAUGGUCGUGACACGGAGGCGGACGGGUCGCAGCAGAAAAGGAUUCGCGUGGAGUCGCCGACGGCUACCGCAGGUCGCGACAGCAGCACCGGGGGAGAAGAGCAGCAGUGA